AUGGUGCUAAUGGUGAUUGUCUACUUGCUGCUCCUGCUCUGGGAAAACGAGCUGACCGAGGAUGUCAUGCUGACAUCCAUCGAGCAUUUGCACGUGGACUACCCUCAGAACACGGUCCCCCUGCGGUACUGCAACUAUAUGAUCCUACAGAGAGUCAUCCGGCAGCCCGACCACACGUGCAAAAAGCUGCACGUCUUCAUCCACGAGAGGCCACAGAAAAUUAACAGCGUCUGCACGUCCUCCAAGAAGAAGAGCUGCCCAAACUACUCGGAGAUUUUCUGCUUCCAGAGUGAGACGAAAUUCAGAAUGACAGUCUGUCAACUCAUUGACGGCACCAGAUACCCCGCUUGCAGGUACCACAUCUCCCCCAUAGAGGGGUUCAUCCUUGUCACCUGUGAUGACUUAGGACCGGUUAAUUUUCAGGGGUACAUUGAAUGA